AUGCCGCCCUUCAGCGGCUCCUGCUUCCAUCAGUCUUUUGAUGCUGCUUACGGCAAAAUACAAAUGGCUUUUCAGUCAAAGAAGCAGUGCAUCAGCAAAACAGCAGAUCUAGAGUUCAACAAAGAUCCCAAUUUUAACUUUAGCUCAAACGUUCCAGCAGAUGGUGUCUUCAAAGCUACAAACCAAGGGUUGCCUAAAUCUACCAAGAAAGUGGAACCGCUUUCAAAGAAGACAUCUGCAAGAGGACCUCUCAACAGAUACAAACUAGAAGCAGAGCUGAAGACCAAGAAUCAGCUGUUAGAAACAGCCAAACAACAGCUACACUCCAGACUAACAGCAGCACAGGGCACUAUAAAGGAGUUAAAGGAGGAGAACGAAGGCCUGGUACAAGAAGUUGAGAAGCUCAAGAAAUUUCAGGAGACUUGCAUGGUGAUUUUAGAAAGCAGAAACAUUGAUCCUGUUACAGGCAGCAACAUUUUGGAGGAGGAAGAACAUUCAACCAUUUUCCUUUUGGCUCUCCAGCUGUUAACUGAGAAGCUCGUUGAAGAUUUGAGGCUAUUUAAUCAAACAGCUGCAAAAGAAAAGGAGGUGCUUCAGGCGGAGAUGGCCAAAUGGAAGUCGGCAGAAGAAGGGAGACUCCAGUCCCUGGAGAAGCAUUCCUCGUUUCAAGCAGAGAUUAAGGAAUGUUCCGCCAUACUGGAUGAGUUGGAGCAGCUCGUGGCUAUGUGA